CCGAACUCCGUCCGUCCGACGCACACACGCCGGUAAAUUUCCUCCCCAGUUGAUUCCAGCGGCACUGCACUUGUGCUGCCUGCGUUCUUCUCCCCUGAGAGCUGCGGAAAGAUCCAAGCGCAAGGCCACCUAACCAGAACCAAACAAGGCCGCCUCCGGAUCGCCGAGCAAAUUCCAUAUUAUUUUCCUCCCGUUUCUUGUUUUUCUCCUCUCGCUUAUCCGUCUCCCAGAAGGAGAGGGAGAGGGAGAGCCGAACCGGGGUGAUCGUUGCCGUCCCUGUCACCCCCACACCCCGCUGUCGUGGUGUCCUAUGCGACUCGUUUGUUGCCGUCGGUCGCCUGGUUGAUUAAUCCAAGGCCAAGGAUCUCCCCUCCACGAGGACCUCCGGAGAGGCCAGGGUGAGCUGCUAUAAAGCUAUUUCUCCUGUCCACCCCCACUUCUUCCUCAUGCUGUCAUGCAACAUGAGCAGCUCUUAAGAGCAUAGGAGGAGGGGUUGAUUGCGGCUCGGAGAUUCUUCUCGCGUUUCUCCUGCACUUUCCGUCUGAUAUUUAUCAGCUUCUUACUUCAGUCCAGCAGAGUUCCUUUGCUUCAUUGCUCGCUUUGAAGGGGAUUUUUACUGCUAGUCUCUGAGCCGUCAAAUUUUUCACCACUCAGCUGUACUCCCCCACGUCCACCAGGCAAGAACAGCAACGUGGCUGCUUGUUGAGUCCAGUGUGUCAGUGUGUGCCACUUCUCUCACAAACACUGCGAGCUUGUCCCUAUCCUGCAAGAAACAGCGGACCAAAGCAUCCGCUCCAUUUCUCCGCUAGUUCGUGCGUCGAUCCAAACGCCAAUCUUGGAUUUCUGCCGCAAGGACUGUGCUUCUUGUAGCAAAAGCCCCCAAAGAUUUGAUCCAAGCCAGCUCGGAAUCGGAUCCCUGCGAGGACCAGGCGGCCUGCCAUGGCGUCCCGCUCCUACUCCAACCUCCUCGACCUGGCAACCGGAGCAGCGGACCAGGCGCCGGCGGUCGCGGCGCUUGGCGCGCUCCGGCGGCGGCUGCCGCGCGUGGUCACCACCCCCGGGCUCAUCGACGACUCGCCGGCGUCGCCGUCCACGCCGCCGCGGCCGCGCACCAUCAUCGUGGCCAACCAGCUCCCGAUCCGGUCCCACCGCCCGGAGUCGCCGGAGGAGCCCUGGACCUUCGAGUGGGACGAGGACUCCCUCCUCCGCCACCUCCACCACUCGUCGUCCCCCCUGAUGGAGUUCAUCUACAUCGGCUGCCUGCGCGACGACAUCCCGCAGGCCGAGCAGGACGCCGUCGCGCAGGCGCUCCUCGAGACCCACAACUGCGUGCCGGCCUUCCUGCCCACGGACAUCGCCGAGCGCUACUACCACGGCUUCUGCAAGCAGCACCUGUGGCCCCUCUUCCACUACAUGCUGCCGCUGUCCCCCGACCUCGGCGGCCGCUUCGACCGCGCGCUGUGGCAGGCCUACGUCUCGGCCAACAAGAUCUUCGCGGACAAGGUGCUGGAGGUGAUCAACCCGGACGACGACUUCGUGUGGGUGCACGACUACCACCUCAUGGUGCUCCCAACCUUCCUGCGCAAGCGCUUCAACCGCAUCAAGCUCGGCUUCUUCCUGCACUCGCCGUUCCCCUCGUCCGAGAUCUACAAGACGCUCCCCGUGCGCGAGGAGCUUCUGCGCGCCCUGCUCAACUCCGACCUCAUCGGCUUCCACACCUUCGACUACGCGCGCCACUUCCUCUCCUGCUGCGGCCGGAUGCUCGGGCUCUCGUACGAGUCCAAGCGGGGGCACAUUUGCCUCGAGUACUACGGCCGUACGGUGAGCAUCAAGAUCCUGCCUGUGGGGGUGCACAUGGAGCAGCUCAAGACGGUGCUCGGGUUGCCGGAGACCGAGGCCAAGGUGUCCGAGCUGAUGGAGAUGUACUCUGGAAAGGGGAGAGUGGUCAUGCUAGGCGUCGACGACAUGGACAUCUUCAAGGGGAUCAGCCUCAAGCUCCUUGCCAUGGAGGAGCUUCUGCGGCAGCACCCCGAGUGGCGGGGGAAGCUGGUGCUGGUGCAGGUGGCCAACCCGGCGCGAGGGAGGGGGAAGGACGUCGCCGAGGUGCAGACCGAGACGUACGCCAUGGUGCGGCGCAUCAACGAGGUGUACGGUGAGCCGGGGUACGAGCCGGUGGUCCUGAUCGAUGAGCCUCUGCAGUUCUACGAGCGCGUGGCCUACUACGUCAUAGCCGAGGUGUGCCUGGUGACCGCGGUCAGGGACGGCAUGAACCUGAUUCCCUAUGAGUACAUCGUCUCCCGGCAGGGGAACGAGAAGCUGGACAGGAUGCUGCGGCAGGGGAAGCCAGAGGAGAAGAAGAGCAUGCUGGUGGUGUCCGAGUUCAUCGGGUGCUCGCCGUCUCUGAGCGGCGCCAUCAGGGUGAACCCGUGGAACAUCGAGGCCGUGGCUGACGCCAUGGAGACCGCCCUUGUGCUGCCUGAGAACGAGAAGAGGCUGCGCCACGAUAAGCACUUCCGCUACGUGAGCACCCACGACGUCGGGUACUGGGCUAACAGCUUCCUCCUGGACCUUGAGAGGACCUGCAAGUAUCAUUCUCAGAAGAGGUGCUGGGGCAUUGGCUUCGGCCUGCGGUUCAGAGUGGUCUCGCUCGACCUGACCUUCAGGAAGCUUUCCUUGGAGAACAUCCUUAUGGCAUACCGGAGAGCCAAGACACGGGCAAUUCUGCUGGACUACGAUGGCACGCUGAUGCCACAGGCGAUUAACAAGAGCCCGUCAACUGAAUCUGUGCGGAUCCUCAACAGCCUGUGCCGAGACAAGGACAAUGUGGUGUACCUAUGCAGCGGGUAUGACCGGCGCACCCUUCAUGAGUGGUUCCCUUGUGAGAACCUUGGCAUAGCCGCGGAGCAUGGCUACUUCCUGAGGUGUAAGAGGGACGCGGAAUGGAAGACCUGUGUCGCUGCCACAGACUGCAGCUGGAAGCAGAUCGCGGAGCCGGUGAUGUGCCUGUACAGGGAGACGACGGACGGCUCAACCAUCGAGGACAGGGAGACGGUGCUCGUGUGGAACUACGAGGACGCGGACCCCGACUUCGGGUCGUGCCAGGCCAAGGAGCUCGUCGACCACCUUGAGAGCGUGCUCGCGAACGAGCCUGUGUCGGUGAAGACCACGCCUCACUCAGUUGAAGUGAAACCGCAGGGCGUGAGCAAGGGCUUGGUGGCCCGGCGCAUGCUUGUGUCGAUGAAGGAGCGGGGCCAGUGCCCGGACUUCGUCCUGUGCAUCGGCGACGACAAGUCCGACGAGGACAUGUUCCAGCUGAUCGCCACCGCUGCCUGCGGGGACUCGCUGGCGUCCAAGGCGGAGGUGUUCGCGUGCACCGUCGGCCGCAAGCCCAGCAAGGCCAAGUACUACCUCGACGACGCGGCGGAGGUGGUGAGGCUGAUGCAGGGGCUCUCCUACGUCUCCGAGGAGCUGGCGCUGGCGAACCAGCGGGAUGAAGACGAGGACUCCUCUCUGGACGACGUGUGGGAGUAGGAAGGAGCGUUCCCUUCCCGUGCUGCUCCUGCGGUAAUGUCUGUUUGUGUUGGCUCGGCUGGAGCUUUCGCCGAGUAGUUUAGGUGUGUAAAUGAGGUAUGCUUUCCAGCGUAAUGUAUUGCCAGUGGUCUAGUCUCGAGAGCUGGCUUGAAUCUAGUGAUGCUCUAGUACUUUGGUUUGUGGUGCUAUUUACCUGAUCCGUGGAAGGCAGUACUAUGAGCUAUACAAGAUGCAGACCUGAAAUCUCAUUCAUCUGAAGACCAUGACCUUUCUCCUAGGCGUGUGUAUACGUCUUUGGAUUUUGGAACUAA